AUGACAACGGCUGUAAAACCGUGUCCAUCACUUCCAGCGGUGCCAAAGACUGACGGCCGGAGAAUGAAGAAGCUGAACAACUCUGUCGUGUCACCUUUAGAGGGCGAUAACGCACUCCCUGAGUUGAAGGAGAAACUGCCAGUGACGGACGGAACCAGUAUGCACAUUGUGUCGCUUCAGAAUGACUUCAUCCCUGAUGAAAUUCUCAGUAAUCUAACUUCCACGGUGUAUGCUCCUGACAAACUUGGGCCACUCAAGAAUUCCAAAACCCCCAAAGACUUUAAGGUCUGUGGAGUCCAUUGCAAAGACAGUGCAUGGCACCAUGCUGCUGUCCGUAAGAAAUACCAGUACCUUCUUGACCAACCAACUUCACUGAAAGGAGCUGGCAGGGAUAUCUCUUUUCUCUGUGAUGCCAUGGUCUCCCAGAGGGAGCAUAUCCCUUUACCAUCUGUGAUUGACAGAAACAGCGCACAGUCACAGGGCACGCCAAAGGAUAUGAGUACCAUGGAGACUUUGAUCCCUGAGGAAUAUCACAUUGUGAAAAACAGAGGAGUGAGAGCCCUGCAGUGUUACGAAGAUAAAUUCACAGUUCUGCUAGAAGAUGAGGACAAGAAACUACGGGUCUUUCCUUCAUUGAGGCCCAGUGGGCGACUGGAAGCAGUGCAGCUAAUGAGGGUGAUGGAUGAGAUGCUGGACAAAGCAGGUGUCAAUCAAGAGUUUACAGAACUCACAGAACUCUCACAGAUGAAAAAUCUCCUGGAGCUGGUGCAGGCAGAACAAAAUAUUUAUAACGUUGUGUUCCAUGAACUGGUUCGGCAGGUUAGUGUGGAGUGUACAGAGAGAGGACAGCUGCUGGCCAAGCUCAGACAGAGGUAUGUGGCAUUACUGGCCCGUAUCCCUCAGCAGCUAAAGGGCCUGCAUACAGAGAUGCUUGCCCAGAGGGCCUUGGAUCGCCGGCUCACUGAGGAAGUCAUCUGUUUCAAGAGCUCCAUAGAACAGCUCAACCAAGAGCUGAUUCAGCUGAGAGAUCACGACGAGUGUGUGUCCAACCAGGCUGAGAAGGCAAAAGAAGAGUUGGCCAAGGCACUGGAGCAAUCUCAGAAGAACGCAGAUAUGGUGAAGGAGUAUCACGAUCUGUAUGCGAUGCAGCGUCGGAGGCUGGAGGGGCAGGUGGCCAGAGUGACUGAAGAGAGAGAUCUGUGGAGUAGAGUCACCUACAGCCUUGCACUCAAGGUGAUCAAAUUAAAUAACCUGCAGCUCGUCAACAAGCUUCAUGUCAGCGAGCAGACAUGGACCAAGACAGCAGAGCACUUCACUGCAUUUCUCAGCGCCAUAGACUCGGAGGAUAUGAUCCGUGUCACACAUUUGACAGACCAAUGGAAAGAGCAGCUGACUGGCUUCAUUGAGAACAUCACAAUAGCUGAAGCUAAACAGUGUGAGGGCAUCAGGUCUAUCCAGGAGGGCAUUGUCAAAUGGCAGAAAUUCUGUCAAACAAACGUCAAGAUCCCAGAUGUUAAUAUUGAGCAAGUCUCAGAGGAGGAAUUAUUUGCUGACUUGAAGCAGUGGUCAGCGGAGUUGACCAAGCUAUGUGAACGUUAUGGAGGGGAGGAUCUCCUGUCUGGACAGGAGACACUCAACACAAUGACAAACCUGCAGAAGGCCUGGGUGGAGGUAGGCCUGGAACUUUUUGGGAGACACCCAGGACCAGACAGAGAGCCCCCUAAAGGCCAGGAAGCCAUGAGAGAACUGAGCAAGGCCAUCAUGGAGCUCCACAAGCAACUGGAGACGCGCAUCAAUGGAGAAAGUGGCAUUCAUAAGCAGCUGAUGUUUCUGGUUGGGGAUAUGGAGCUCUGGGUCGUCAAGGAGCAGGCCCUGAGUGUGCAAGACUGGCUGAAGCUGGAGAAGGCACUGGACAGCUGGCUGAAGCUCUCUGAGGAAGCCUUGCAACAAGUGGAUAGUACACAGCCAGAGAGCGAGAGAAUCAAGCAGAAACCCCAUAUUAAGAUUGAAAUCAGCGACAUCCUCAGCACGCUACGCCACUUCAUCUGGUCGCAAACUAAUUUCUUUGACUGCGAAAACCUGAGACUCUGUGAAGAGGUAAAUACCAUCCAUAAUCAGCUGAUUCGCUGGAUGGUGGACCUGCUUCUUCAAAUGGUGCCGGACCACUGCAAUGAUCAAGAGACGCCAUCUCUCUUGGGCCUUGAAUCCAGUGCUGUCAUAGAGUCAUCUGUUGAGAAGCUGGAGAAAGAUGCCAGGAACCUUGCCCAGAAAUUUGACUACAUUUCAAAAUACAUUACAUGCUCUUGCCUGGCAAUUGUGGAAGAAGAGGUCCACAGAAACAAGACUCAGGAUGAGACAGACAAUGAGCUUCAUGAGCUCAAUAAACUUCAGAAGGAGUACGGUGAGUGGGCGAACGCCUGUCGUAUCCUCCUGUCUGAUUUGACGGGAGGCCCCGUGGAUCUGCACCUGUCGGAGGAAACGACGCCUUUGUCUGUACCUGACAUUCCCUCAGCAGCCACUAGCGUGGAGUCCUUGACUGAGAGCAGUUCUGUUCAGGAGGAGCAGCAGAGUGCAGAUGCCGUGGAGGAAAAUGACAGCCAGGGAAACCCAAUCAUGAAGUUAAUAGGUCACGACGGGUACAUUGUGGAGCAGACCUUGGGCCAAGAUACAGUCCAGCUGAAUGGGACCAGUGAACAGGUGAUUUGCCCUCAAACCGCUAAUGCACAGAAGGCCUUCGAUACUCUGACCACAAUGAGUGUCCUUCAGCAGAAGCUGCUUGACUCGGAGGCCCGUGCCCAGAGUGCAGAGAAACGAGCUCUCCAGGCGGAGGAGUCCCUGCAGGCGGCACUGGUGAAGAUCCAAGACAUGGAGAGGCAGCUACAGAGCAAGCUUAGUCUGGAAACCAAAGGUGAACUAGACUGA